ACCUGCCUUGCCGUCUGUUAAAAAAUCUCUCUCCUACCCCCUUCUCUACCAUCAAACAACUCUCUCUCUCUCUCUCUCCAUAUCUUCCAGUGUCGUCAUGGUUCCCGCCAAUCUACACAAUCUCUCUACUACCUAAAACCCCUAGUUUCCCCACUCCACUCUCUCCAGAGAAAUAAAACAAGCGGAACUGGAGUGAUUCGAGAGUUGGAUUUAUGUCCCUCAAUCAAUCAAGGGUCGAGAGGAACGAUUCAUCCCACUACAGAAAAUCGAGUCGAUCCGGGAGUUCUUCACAGCCAAGGAACUUCUCCGGCGGUAGCGGGAAGGGCGGCGGGACCGCCCCUCGACCAUCUUCUGCCAAUUCGUCUUUGUCAUCGAAUCGGAGCUUUAAGAGGUCUAAUAAUGCACAACGAAGACAAACUAGGGUGAGCGGUGCCGGUUUGAACUCCAAUUCUAAUAGUGCUCAUUCUGCGCGAGCUCUACAGAAUGGUUCCCAUUUGCAACCAGCAGUACGUGCUACCUGCUCGAACAAGCACAGCACCGCCAAAUCUGGAUGACCAGCAACAUGACCAGGCACACCAUGAUUCUUUAAGAGUGGUGCCUCAAUUUCCAAUUCCUCCUGUGCCUAAGCAGCAAAUUCCAAGAAAUGAUGGAGGUGCCGGGAAACAAACUAAUGCUGGUCAUGCUCAUCAAAUGUCCAAGGCCAAAAGGGAUGCUCAAGUUUCAUCUGUGUCCCCUGUUGCACACACUCAGAAGGCUUCCAUUCACCCUGUCCGUGGGAUUUCAAUGCCAAUGCCAUUUCACCAGCCUCAAAUUCCGGUUCAAUUUGGCCCCAACCCCCUGAUUCAGUCUCAGGGCAUGGCAGCUACUUCAUUGCCAAUUCCCGUGCCGAUGCCAUUGACAAUGGGAAAUGCUUCUCAACUGCAGCAGCCAAUGUUUGUUUCAAGUCUGCCUCCUCAUCCCAUGCAGCCUCAGGGGAUAAUGCAUCAGGGUCAAAGCUUGAAUUUCACUUCUCAAAUGGGUCCCCAACUACCUCCACAAUUGGGCAACCUGGGAGUUAGUAUUGGCUCUCAAUUCACCCAACAGCAGGCAGGAAAAUUUGCUCCUCGUAAACCUUUCAAGAUUGCUCAUCCAGAUACACAUGAAGAGUUGAGACUUGAUAAAAGGUCUGAUACACAUGUGGAUGGUGGGUCAUCAGGAUCGAGGUCACAGCCAAAUGUGCCACAGUCCCAGCCUUUCACAUCAGUUCCUCCGGCAGAGGCCUUGACGGUAUCUAAUGUCAAUGCUUCUCGUGAAUCAUACCCUAGUCCUGGAAAAAAUAUUGACAGGCAAUCUGGAGCUCGAUCUGAUCGUCGUGGAAGUGGCAUUUGUGACGAUGAUAAGUGGAGUAAAUUGCCUGGCCCUCUUGCUUCAGGACGGGAUCCUCGAAUGGACAGUUAUGGGGGAAACCUCCGUCCUGGCCAAGGGGGUAAUUAUGGUGUUUUAAGGAACCCACGUGCACAAGCUCCUGCUCAAUAUUCUGGGGGGAUUCUCUCUGGGCCUCUGCACUCUCAGGGUCCUCAGGGCAGUAGUCAACGAAAUAACUCUGAUUCAGGCAGGUGGCAGCGGGCUACUGCUUUUCAGAAGGGUUUAAUGCCUUUUCCCCAAACUCCAUUACAGGUAAUGCACAAAGCUGAAAAGAAAUAUCAAGUGGGCAAGGUAGCAGAUGAGGAAAAGGCUAAGCAGAGGCAGUUGAAAGCUAUCCUAAAGAAGCUAACGCCACUAAACUUUGAUAAACUUUUUGAGCAAGUUAAGGCCGUAAAUAUUAACAAUGCUGUCACUCUCACCGGUGUGGUCACACAGAUAUUUGAUAAAGCUCUAAUGGAACCAACUUUUUGUGAGAUGUAUGCCAACUUUUGUUAUCAUCUUGCUGGAGAGUUGCCUGAUUUCAGUGAAGAUAAUGAAAAGAUUACUUUUAAGAGGUUGCUGUUGAACAAGUGCCAAGAGGAGUUUGAGAGAGGUGAAAGAGAGCAACAAGAAGCUGAUCGAGCUGACAUCGGUGAGGUAAAGCAGUCUGAGGAGGAAAGAGAGGAGAAGAGAAUCAAGGCAAGGAGACGGAUGUUGGGCAACAUUAGGUUUAUUGGGGAACUGUACAAGAAGAAAAUGUUGACAGAGAGAAUAAUGCAUGAAUGUAUAAAGAAGUUGUUGGGCCAAUAUCAAAAUCCUGAUGAGGAAGACAUUGAAGUUGAAGCUUUGUGCAUAUUAAUGAGCACAGUAGGAGAGAUGAUUGACCAUCCAAAAGCAAAGGAACACAUGGAUGCAUAUUUUGAUAUGAUGGCCAAAUUAUCAAACAACAUGAAACUGUCAUCUAGUAUAAGAUCUAUGUUGAAGGAUGCAAUUGAUUUGAGAAAGAAUAAAUGGCAGCAGAGGAGGAAAAUUGAAGGGCCGAAAAAGAUUGAGGAGGUGCACAGAGAUGCUGCUCAAGAACGGCAGGUGCAAGCUGGUAGGCUAACUCGGGGUCCAAGCAUGAAUGCAUCAGUUCGGAAUCGUCAAACCAUGGAUUUUGGUGCUAGGGGGUCACAUAUGGUAUCUUCUGCAAGUGCUCAGAUGGGUAGUUUUCGUGGGUUACCAACACAGCACCGUGGCCAUGGAAUUCAGGAUGUUCGGAUGGACAAUAGGUAUUCUUUUGAUAAUAGAACUCUGUCAGUACCCUUGCCUCAUAGACCCAAUGGCGAAGAUACUAUUACACUAGGUCCUCAAGGUGGUCUUGCCGGGGGAAUGUCCAUUGGAGGACAGCCAUCAAUACCGAACAACCCUUUACCUGAAGUAUCAAGUCCUGGAGAUUCCAGAAGAGUGGCUACAGGUCUAAAUGGUUAUAGUUCUGUACAAGACAGGACAGUUUUUGGUUCAAGAGAGGAUCUCAUGCCGAGAUACCCAUCUGAUAGGUUUGGGGCUCCUUCUGACCUGUUGAGUGUACAAGAUCGAUGUAUGAACUAUGGGAACAAGGACAUUAGGAAUGCUGAUCGCUGUGUUGAAAGAUCUCUUCCUACUUCCCCAACACUACGUGGUCGGGCACCACUAGUUUCCCAGAAUGUUUCUUCUGAUAAGGUGUGGCCAGAAGAAUGAUUGAGAGUCAUGUCCAUAGCAGCAAUUAAAGAAUUCUACUGAUGCAGGUAUUCGUGACUUGAUAUGGAGGGGAUGGAGGACUAAGCUGUGUGCAUCUCAAACUUUCCUCUUAGAGACGUCUCCAAUGUGGAUCUUCGUAUUGCCAUAUUAGGCUUAUAGUUGACUGUUUAAUGAAAGAGUAGUCAUGUUUGAUUAUGACAGUAUUGUGUGUAUAAUUGAUGGAGAAAGAUUCUCCAAUAGCAGUAUUAUUAGUCAUAUCUGUGAUCUCCCAAAAAAAUUUCAUGGUUAAAGUAGAGUGAACUAGAAGGCUUGUCUUUUGCAUUAUCGCAAUAUUUUUUAGUAAGAUGGUUUAGCACUUUGAUUUAGAAAAUAACCAAGUGCAACUGCAUGCUUAUAGUGGCUGA